GGCUCUUCACACAAAAGUGUAUUUUGCUUGUUUCUUCUCGUCUUCUUCAGUCUGAAGCCUUAUGUAGGUCAGGCUUGGCUUAAGCAGAUUUCCUGAACCUGCGUCAGCUUAAGCUGAAGGAAUUUUAAUAAACCCUCCCUUGUAGGCGUGGGCCUAAAUGAGACUAGCCUAGUUAAGCCUGAUCUUUUUCUGUUUGUGAAAAAGAGCUGAGCAGAGCUAGGGACUGCAUGGUGGCUUCAGGAACUGCUUCCUUAAUUCAAAGAUAACAAUGGUUGGGAAGGCCAGAUCUUCUAAUUUUACCUUAUCUGAAAAGCUUGAUUUGCUAAAACUCGUGAAGCCGUAUGUUCAAAUUCUUGAAGAACAUACUAAUAAGCAUUCUGUAAUAGUGGAAAAAAACAAAUGCUGGGAUAUCAUAGCUGAUAACUACAAUGCCAUCGGAGUAGAUCGCCCUCCUCGCACUGCACAGGGCCUGCGCACGCUGUACAAGAGGCUCAAAGAAUAUGCCAAACAGGAGCUAUUGCAGCAAAAGGAGACUUAUUCAGACUGUAAAAGCAGCAUUUCCGAGCCAACCAAGAAAGUUGUAGAGAUGAUUCCACAGAUUUCCAAUGUGUGUUUAAGAGACAGGAGCAUUUCACAAAGUUCUGUUACCAGUAAAGAAACAAUUGCUGGUACCAGUUCACCACAGGCAAUGUUGGAUCAUCAUCCUGCAACAGUCAUGAUGGAGCUGCAAUUGGAAGAGGAUGUCAAACCUCCUCCCUCUUUGGUUAUAGAUUCACAGCAAAGUGAAAACUUAGGACAAGAGGAAGAACACCAAUUGGUGCAUGUUAUGGAAAGGUCUCCUUCAACAUCAGUAUCUUCAGUUGAUAUGAGAGUGAUGAUGUCUCCUUCUCCUAUUCCAAGAAGAGAUGAGCUUUUUAGGCUUGAGGUUGGAGAACGCUUUAGACCAAUGUGUGGGUAUGACCCACAGAUGUUGCAAAUGCUGAAAGAAGAGCAUCAAAUAAUAUUGGAAAAUCAAAGAAGAAUUGGGCUUUAUGUCCAAGAAAAAAGGGAUGGUUUGAAAAGAAAGCAGCAGCUGGAAGAGGAACUGUUGCGAGCGAAAAUCAAAGUAGAGAAGCUGAAGGCAAUACAACUACGGUGUGGUCUGCCAGAAUACAGCAAUAUCUAAAUAUUUUAUUACUUCUGACAUAUUCUUUGAAAUACUUAAUAAUAAAUGCUUUUGCCCUAGCAAAAUUCUUAUGUUAAAAAUUGUUUAUGUCAAAAUCUGGUCUUGAGAGAUGAAAAUAUAUUUUCCAUUUUGUUGUUUAUGUAUCUUAAUAAAAAUGUCUUGUAUAGGUUUGAAUCCACUGACUCUUCCAAAAUAUAAUAAAAUCCUGUAGCUCUGAGUGUUUAGGAUGAUAAAAAUCCCAAUGUUUUGAAUAUUUUUCACUUAUCUCUAGCAGGGUUAUGAUGAGCUAAUGGAAAUUUAGUCCCGCUUUUAAAAUUUUUAAUCAUAUUCAUAUUUUUUUUUCAAAUAAACCUAUCCUCUAACAAUCUUUAUGAAGUUACAGGUUAUUAAAUAUAUAUAAAAAAGGAAGUGUUAGAGGCUAUGUUUAAAUAUCUUUCAUUCAUUUUAAGUUGGUAAAUCUUGCAGCAGUGGUGCGAUUUUGCUGAUAUAUCAGCUUGUAAAAAAUUACUGGAUUGUUAUUUUUUUAAUGUUCCGUAGACAGUUGAAUAAAUAUACGUCUUCUAAAAAGUUAAAACUUUUUAUUGUUUUCAGUGGAUGAGUGUUUCCAUAAGACAUUAUCAAAGUAGAUACAAUGAAUGCAACACUUCAGGUUUUUAAAACUGCAUGCAUGCGCAAUUUGUGUGUGUAUAGUUACCAAGAUCAUGUAUUCUGUUGCAGUAAUUAUACUGGUAAGCAACCACAAAAAUGUCUAAUUUGUUCAUUUGCAUGCAUAAUUACUACAGUGCAUGUGCAACCAAGACUGUUGCAGGUGCCUUUUGAUCAAUAUGACUGUAAGCUACCAAAAUGGAAUAGUUUCCGUAUGUAAGUAACAUGUGACUUGAAAUCAACAGAAUAUUCUUUGUUAUUCUGGGUACCUUUUAUAAAUGCUGUUGUUCUGGUCCUUUGAUUAGUUUCAAAUAAAAAGCCCCAAAUGAAAAAGAAA